CUGGAUUUCUGGCUGGCACCCCGCGGCCCCGGGUCCCCGGUCGAUGUCCGUGUGCCCUUCCCCAGCCUGCAGCCCCUCAAAGCUCACCUCGAGGCCAACGGCGUCUCCUACUCCGUCAUGAUCGAGGACGUGCAGGUAGCGGUGGCGGAGGGGAGGCGGGCGAGACGUGGGCCACUCACCACCAACACCUUUGACUACGCCACCUACCACAGCCUGGAUGAGAUCUACACCUUCAUGGACCUGCUGGUGGCCGAAAACCCCAACCUGGUCAGCAAGCUGGAGAUCGGCCGUUCGACGGAGAACCGCCCCCUCUACGUGCUCAAGUUCAGCAAGGGAGGGACGAACCGCCCAGCCGUCUGGAUCGACACCGGCAUCCACUCCCGCGAAUGGGUGACGCAGGCCAGCGGCGUCUGGUUCGCCAAGAAGAUUGUCCUGGAUCAUGAGAAUGACGAAGGUCUGGCCUCCAUCCUGGACAAGAUGGACAUCUUCCUGGAGAUCGUCACCAACCCCGACGGCUUCGUCUUCACACAAACCCAGAAUCGUAUGUGGCGCAAGACCAGGUCCAGAAAUCCGGGCUCCGCUUGCAUCGGCGUGGACCCCAACCGCAACUGGGACGCAGGUUUCGGAGGGCCCGGGGCCAGCAGGAACCCCUGCUCGGAGACGUACCACGGACCCUACGCCAACUCGGAGCCCGAGGUGAAGGCCAUCGUGGACUUUGUGAAGAGCCAUGGGAACAUCAAGGCUUUCGUCUCCAUCCACAGCUACUCCCAGCUCCUGCUCUACCCCUACGGCUACACCAGCGCCCCAGCGCCUGACCCGCAGGACACGCAUCAGAUUUCCGAGAAGGCGGUCGCAGCUCUGUCUUCCCUGUACGGCACCGCCUACACGUACGGCAGCAUCAUCACCACCAUCUAUCAAGCGAGCGGAGGAACCAUCGACUGGACGUACAACCAGGGCAUUAAGUAUUCCUUCACCUUCGAGCUGCGGGACACGGGGCGCUACGGGUUCCUGCUCCCCGCCAAGGAGAUCGUCCCCACCGCCCAGGAGACGUGGCUGGGGCUGAAGGUCAUCAUGCUGCACGCGCGGGACCACCUCGCCUGA